GAAGACUAAUCCAUGGCCCAAACUUCUCAGUCCAACUUGAUAGUUAUAUAAAAUUCAGUAGAUUUUUUUUCUUCUCUCCGCCGUCUUCUUUCUAACUCUCUGAUUCUCGCUAGCCGUCGCCCGGACCGACCCGCCUCCUCCGGCAGCAGCGCUGCAAACCUGCAUCAGUCCGUCCAGUCCAGCUGCACCGUAGCAGCAGUCAGAAGUUUCCCAGACUACUGCCUCCCACUGAUGUUGUCACCCUAGCAAUCGGUUAUAUUUCCGCCUGCAACACACUGGAAACCGUUUCUCAUUUUGUAAAAGUUGAGACUUUCAUUGAUGAUUCAAUUUAUACGUAGACGGAGAUUCAAAUUUCCAUCCAAAUCUCAUUCUUUUGCAUUAGUACACCAACUAGCUUCACCAAUUAACUGCCCCAGAGGUACAAAUCCUGAAAAAUUGGCCUUCAAACCUUCUAUAAAUCAAGAGCAACUCAAGCUGGGUGCUAAAGCCACCUUUCUCUCUCCUCAAACCGUGUUGACCACUCUGCAAAAUUGCCCUUCUGAUUUAGUUGCUCUGAGUUUUUUCCUAUGGUGUGCCCGUCAGCCAAAUUACUUUCAUGAUAAGCCUGGUUUUCAUCACAUGGUGGGCGUGGUAUCUAAAUUGACCCAAAGAUGUGGGACUGUCAGAGACAUUAUUGAAGAGUUGGAGAGCAUUGGUUGCUUCACAAAGGCACAGACUUUUUUGCUUUUGAUGAGGAUUUACUGGCGUGGAGCCAUGUAUGAUAUGGUAUUAGAGGCUUUUGAAGUGAUGUGUGGUUAUGGUUAUGUUCCGAAUACUUAUGUAAGAAACAUUAUUGUGGAUGUCUUGUUCAAGAUUGGGAGAGUUGAUGCAGCCCUCAGUUUUUUGAAGGGAACACCGGCCCCAAAUUUUUUGAGCUUCAACAUUUCCAUCUGUAAUUUGUGCAAGCUCAAUGAGGUUGAUAAGGUUAAAAGUGUCUUUAGGUGUAUGUUGUUAAGAGGGUAUUAUAUGAACCCUGAAACCUAUGGAUUGGUGUUGAAUUGUUUCUGCAAAUUCGGGAGGUUGGAGGAGGCAUCACAGCUGCUUGGAAUGAUGGUGGUUUUGGGUGUACCUGUUUCUGUGAAUGUGUGGAGCAUAUUGAUUGAUGGUUACUGUAAAUCAGGUUUGAUCGAGGUUGCAGCUUAUAUUCUUGAGAAAAUGGUGGCUGUUGGUUGUUCACCAAACAUUGUGACUUGCACAUCAUUGAUCAAAGCAUUUUUAGAAUCUCGGAUGCCUGAAAAGGCAUUUAAACUCCUUGGCACUCUAGAAUCCAAAGGUUGUUUUCCUGAUCUUGUGCUAUGUAAUGUAUUGAUUGAUUGCCUAUCUAAGAUUGGGCGCUACGAGAGUGCAUUUGAAGUUUUCUCUAGUUUGAGAGAUCUAAGUUUAAAGCCAGAUGUUUACACUUAUUCGUCUCUUGUAACUGCAAUAAAUUUGUCUAGACAGUAUGUUCUUCUACCUUUAGUUACGAGUGGACUUGCAGUGCAACCUGACUUGGUGGUCUGCAAUUGCCUUUUAAACUAUUUCUGCCAGUCUGGUUAUCCAGAGGGUGCUAUCGAGUUCUAUGAUGACAUGAUAGAGAGAGGGUUUCUGCCAGAUAAAUAUAGUUUUGCUGGAGUGCUGAGUGCAUUGUGCAAGUUGGGUAGGUUACGUGAUGCAGUGAAUGUAUACCAUGGAAUUGUUCACAGCUAUCCAGCAGGUAUUGAUGCUCACAUCCACACUAUAGUCAUUAAUGCACUUGCAAAAUCAGGUAGUUUUCACCAAGCUAUAAGAAUAUUCGCAAAAGCUAGUGCAAACAAAUUCCCACUUGAUGCUGUGUCAUACAAUGUUGCCAUUGAUGUACUCAUUAGAGAUGGUCGGGUAAAAGAAGCUUACAGUAUCUUUGGCCAAAUGAAGGAGAUGGAGAUAGUGCCAAAUCAGAGGACGUAUAAUAUGAUACUCUCUGGUUUCUGCAAGGAUAGGGAUAUUCAUGUGGUUAAAUACAUCCUGAAAGAAAUGAUUGAUGCAAAUAUUACAAUGGACUAUCAUGCUUUCAGAUUGAUGAAAAAACUUCUAUGCGACUUUCCCGACUCUGUUUUAGCUUACCUCGUUUCUGAGAUGAGAAUUUUGGGAUUGUUGCCUAAAGAGGAUGAGAUAGUGUUGGUUAACGAACAUGAUAUCGGUGCCUAUGCUAGUUUCAGUUCAUCAAAUAAUUAUGUGAAUGUCAUGGACUUUGGAAGAUCGAGCUCUGAUGAGGAAUUUGAUGCCAUUGUUUCAGUGUGUUGAGCAUUGCCUGUCGAAAUAACCUGUCUUCCUCUUCUUGAGAAACUAUAUCUUGAUAACAACAAGCUGUCAGUUUUGCCACCUGAGCUUGGUGAGCUGAAGCACUUUAAAGUUCUUGCUGUAUACUAUAACAUGCUCGUUUCUAUGCCUGGCCUUACUUCCAGAUUGGGGGUGUAGUCCACAGAUAUAUAGUGCGCCAAACACAGGUCAUGGAAGAUGAUCAAGAAAUUGGUGCUUACAUGUUCCGCAGAACUGUUCCUUCCAUGCACUUGACUCCAGAAGAUGUCCGUUGCAUGGUUGGAUCUUGGAGGGAUAGGAUUAUAAUUUUCACAGGAAUAUAUGGUCCUACGCGAGCUUUGACCAAAGCAUUCCUUGAUUCUGGGGCCAAAGCUGUGAUAUGCCCUUCUUCUGAGCCUGAAGAAUUGCAGCUGAUAUCAUUUUACGGGGCAGGUGAUUUUAGUAGUUAUGAGAAUGGGAAGUUUGAGAUAGGAUACGAGGAGGGAGAAGAUGAGGACCCUGAACCCUCGAGUCCAGUAAGUGAUUGGGAAGACAGCAACCCUGAUAAAAGUGGGGAGCAGCCGAUGAGUUUAUGGGACGAUGAUGAGAAGGAACUGUGUCAAUUUGUGAGCAAGAAUCAAUGUUUCAGGGUGGUGCAAAAGUGGAUGUUGCUCUAAAAGAUGUCGUAGUGUCACAUAGGAGCCUCAGAUAUUCGUGCCACCUUCCGAGCAAUCUGUAGAUGGGAGUGGCUACUCUUCUGUGACAUGCUGUUGGCCGUCCGAGGUAUCUACUCCAUCUUUCUUGUAAACUCUUGUGUUGUACAUACUCAAUUAUUAGAGGAGAAUAUUAUACCAAAUUAUAAGAGAAGAAAGGAGAAUAAACAAAGGAAAUGCACAUUUCUGAGGC